UGCCCGAGAGAGGGAAAGAGAUUAACUUCAAGGAAACCAGAAAAACAGAAUGGUGGCUACGACAGACAGCGCAGAAAAGUCCAAACCCAUCGCUGGAAGCAAGGUGUCCAAACCACUCAUGGAAAAGAAACGAAGAGCUCGCAUCAACAAGUGUUUGGACCAGUUAAAAUCUCUUCUGGAGAACUACUACAGCACUAGUAUUCGAAAGCGCAAACUGGAAAAGGCCGACAUCUUGGAGCUCACUGUGAAACACCUAAGGAACCUCCAAAAGAUCCAGAGCUGCACCGCUGCUUCGGAGUUUUCCGAUUUUCAAACUGGCUUCCGCGGUUGUCUGGCAAACGUCAACCAAUAUCUGCUGAUGGCAGACAGCUUGAACGGGAGCGACCGCUGGACGUUAUCGCAGCUUUCCAGCAAACUCAGCCACUCCCGGGGACAAGAAGAACUCUUCAGCACCAUGGACAGCGGCAUGGGUAAAGCUGAGACGCAGGAUGAGGUGCGGAGACUUCUCCCAUCGGCAGCCGGACCUGAGGAGAGAAAAACGGCCAUACCUAAAGCUUUGAAACCCAAAAGCACAAGCACGUCUCCUUUUUUACCGAGUGAAGACGCACGGCAGCCAUCUAGAAACAAACAUCCUAUUCUUGUUGCGUCGCCCACACAAAAUACUCAUGAAAAAAGUUGCAGUCACAAAACGUUUUACUCUGUCAGUCACAGGAAUGAAGUUGCAAACACUCAGCACAACGUGUGGCGACCUUGGUAGAGCUGAUAUAAAGCUGUAGAUAGCUUAUAGCUUGUUUAAAUGUUUUUAAUUUCACUGUAUAGAUUUUCACAAUAUGUUAUUUCCUAUAUACUAUAUGUUUUAUUUUCUAAAUAAAAUUUGCGAAAGUAAGAA